UCGGAGAGAGAGAGAACCCGGACAAGGUGAUUGCAAUGCCUCUUUUAACUAAAGCUGGGGCUCUACUUAGGCAGACUGCCAACAGGCAGUCCAUCUAUCACGCAAUAAGAUGCACCUCGUCAAUCGGAACUCAAGAAGCCUCGAAAGGAAAACCCUUUGUCGACAUUGAUACCAGACUCGGAGUCUAUACUUCAAGUGCCAUCCAUACCUUGGCGGGGCAGGAGUUCCAUGGUCCCCAAGUAAGGUUGAAUUCUGCUGCUGGUUUAGGGUUUGGUCAUAAUUCUAUCAUUGGUAGUCAUCAGAACUUUGGUGUUGGUCCGAGAAGAAGCUUUUCCAGUGGAGCUACUGUAAACACUGCAGUUGGAAAAAGUGGGGCAAACACAGCUGAUGGACAAAGCAUGCUUGGAAAAAUUGCAGCGCGUUACCUGCCAAUUGUAACUGUGUUCCCUCACAUAAAUGCAGGGAUCGGAAGCAUUUUGGCGGAUUAUGUCCACCACAAAUUGACCAGAGAAUUUCUCCAUUUAUGUUUUGACCUGUUCAUUUUAAUUGUUGCCAAGAAUCUUUUCUUGGCUCUCGUUUUUUGAGGAAGGUUUUCGGCAGUAGGAGCAAUAAUGGUGCUACACAGUGUUGGCAGCACAAUUUCAGUGUAAGGAGGUAGUAAUAGCUUUUACAGUGGCGGACGAUGUACUUUUUUUUUUUCCAUUUGGGUUGAUGUUCCCCUCCUUGAUCCUGAGACCUUAUUGUUUCAUCUUUGUUGAUGGUGUGUGAGACGAUAUUUUCAUCUUUUGGGAAUCCAGUCAUCUUUUUCUAA